ACCGCAACACCUCAUAUAGACAUCUGGGAAUCACAGUUACACCAGAGCCAAAAGAGGAACCUAGAGGUGAGUGUUACCUGGAUACAACUAGAAACAGCACAGCAUAUUUUACAGUCACCUAGAAAUCAACAGAGUAAGCAGCUGUGUUUUCAAAGCCUAAGUGGUGCGAUGGCCAGCAAACGCAGGAGUAACGAGACGAACUGUGAACCGGUGCCACAUAAGCGGGCAGGUGACCCAGCUGUGGACGAGAAAUAUUUUAUGUCAGUUGCCCUCCUGUUUUCUAAGAAGAGCCCUGAUCCUAACACACAGGUGGGUGCGUGCAUUGUAAAUGAGGAAGGGAAAAUUGUGGGUAUCGGCCACAACAAAAUGCCCAAUGGCCGUGAGAAUGACUUCCCCUGGGAGCGUGACGAUGAAGACAAACUGAACACCAAAUAUCCAUACGUGUGUCAUGCGGAGCUGAACGCCAUCAUGAAUAAAACCUCAGUGGAUGUGAAAGGAUGCACCAUUUACGUCACUCUGUUUCCCUGUAACGAGUGCGCCAAAGCCAUCAUCCAAUCGGGUAUAAAACAUGUGGUUUAUUUAUCAAAACCACCGGCUAGAGAUCCAACUGAGAGAGAAGCAGCUGAAAGACUGCUCAGUGGUAUUGAACCCAGAGAGUUUCUGUCUAAAACUGAAGCCCAUGACUUACUGACGUCCAUCUUACCUUUGCUGAGAGAAUGAGACUGGGGCUGCGCUCUUCACCACUGAAAUACAUUCAGCUUUAGAUUUAACUUUACUGAAACAUUUACCUUUACUGAAACAUUUAACUUUACUGAAACAUUUACCUUUACUGAAACAUUAACCUUUACUGAAACAUUAACCUUUACUGAAACAUUAACCUUUCCCCAAAACACUGGAAAUCCCAGUAUAUUCAAAAUGACUUCAAACUGCUAAUAGGUGAAAAUGCUGAAAACUGAUUAACUACUGAAAUGUAACAGAAAUCUUUAAACUGUACUGAAAUACUGAAAUUCACUUUAAACAUUACUAUAAAAGAUACAUUAUGAAAAAUAAACAUUUUUAAAAUCAAAAAGAAUCCUUACAGGAAUAUUAAACCAAGCUUUAUUUCCUCAGACAUCAUGCUAGCAGCUUCUGUGCUGUCGUGUUUAACUAGCGGGACGUUUCUCACUGCAUGUGCACUUUCUCGUGUAAUGAAGCUAUUGUUAAAUCCAUUUAAAUCACCUUCGUUGUCUUUUUGGUGGGUGAACGUUAAGAUCAUUAUAUUAGCUACUUCACUUUCUGCUUUCUGUAUUUUCUUUCAAAUGACAGAUUAUUCAUUAUUAUUAAUUACUGAGUGGUGAUUUGAGCAAACUGACAGCUGAACUGAAUAAACAUUGAAUAAACUA